GUGUCCUGCCCGCCCGUUGUGAGAAUCUCCCGGCAUGCCUUUCUGUAGGCCGAGAAGAAGCAGGAGAAGUGUCAUGAUGGAGUUAUAAAGAGCUUUUUAUUCAUCUAUUAAAUCAGCUUCUUCCAUGUUUCCUCAGAGAGAGUCUGUGGAGGAUCGAUAGAGACAGAGAGAGUAUCUGCAGGCUGAGGUACAGAGAGUCACCAUGGCGACGGACAUCGGUUCCCCGCAGCGCUUCUUCCACAUGCCGCGCUUCCAGCACCAGGCUCCGCGGCAGGUGUUCUACAAGAGGCCGGACUUCGCCCAGCAGCAGGCGAUGCAGCAGCUCACCUUCGACGGGAAGCGCAUGAGGAAGGCUGUGAACCGCAAGACCAUCGACUACAACCCCUCUGUCAUCAGACACCUGGAGAACCGCCUGUGGCAGCGCGACCACAGAGACUUCAGGGCGCUGCAGCCGGACGCUGGCUGUUACAACGAGCUGGUUCCUCCUGUGGGGAUGGUGAACAACUCGAUGAACGCCGUCACCACCAAGUUUGUCCGAACCUCCACCAACAAAGUGAAGUGUCCCGUGUUUGUGAUCAGGUGGACCCCUGAGGGCCGCCGGCUCGUCACCGGAGCCUCCAGCGGGGAGUUCACCCUGUGGAACGGACUCACCUUCAACUUCGAGACCAUCCUCCAGGCCCACGACAGCCCCGUGCGGGCGAUGACCUGGUCUCAUAACGACAUGUGGAUGCUGACGGCGGAUCACGGCGGCUACGUGAAGUACUGGCAGUCCAACAUGAACAACGUGAAGAUGUUCCAGGCUCACAAGGAGGCCAUUAGAGAAGCCAGUUUUUCUCCCACAGAUAAUAAGUUUGCGACGUGCUCUGACGACGGCACGGUGAGGAUCUGGGACUUCAUGCGCUGCCACGAGGAGAGGAUCCUCCGAGGUCACGGUGCAGAUGUGAAGUGCGUGGACUGGCACCCCUCCAAAGGCCUGGUGGUCUCCGGCAGCAAAGACAGCCAGCAGCCGAUCAAGUUCUGGGACCCGAAGACCGGGCAGAGCCUGGCCACGCUCCACGCCCACAAGAACACGGUGAUGGAGGUGAAGUGGAACCUGAACGGGAACUGGCUGCUGACGGCCUCCAGAGACCACCUGUGCAAACUGUUCGACAUCCGCAACCUGAAGGAGGAGCUGCAGGUGUUCAGGGGCCACAAGAAGGAGGCCACAGCCGUGGCCUGGCACCCGGUCCACGAGGGUCUGUUCGCCAGCGGAGGCUCUGACGGCUCUCUGCUCUUCUGGAACGCCGGGGUGGAGAAGGAGGUGGGGGGGAUGGAGAUGGCUCACGAGGGGAUGAUCUGGAGUCUGGCCUGGCAUCCUCUGGGUCACAUCCUGUGUUCUGGAUCCAACGACCACACCAGUAAGUUCUGGACCAGGAACCGACCCGGGGAUAAGAUGCGGGACCGCUACAACCUGAACCUGCUGCCCGGCAUGUCAGAGGACGGCAUGGAGUACGAUGACGUGGACAUGAACAGCGUGGCCUCCAUCCCCGGCAUGGGGAUCCCCGACCAGCUGAAGGCCGCCAUGGAGCAGGAGCAGAGCAGUAAAGAGGCCCCCGAGGUGGAGAUGUCCAUCCCGGGUCUGGACUGGGGAAUGGACGAGGUGAUGGGCAAGGACAGCAAGAAGGUCCCGCAGAAGAAGGUCCCGUACGCCAAGCCCAUCCCUGCGCAGUUCCAACAGGCCUGGGCAGACAACAAAGUUCCCAUGAUGCCCCCUGGUGGAGACAAAGAGAGGAAGGGAGAUCCGUCCGACCCGGAGCUGGGCUUCAACCCCCAGCUGGAGGGUACGUUCACACGCUCAUUAGUCAUAUCUACACUGAACACCGUCAGAAGAGUCCUACACAACAGACAUGGCGUCAAAAAGGAGUGUGGGAAAUAUUUCGACCAGACGGGAACAUGGGGCCCCCCUCAGGGCUCGAUGCCCCCCUUCUCUGGCCCUGGAGGCCCCGGGGGCCCGAUGCCUCCUGGCCAGCAGGGCUUUCCCCCCAACAUGCCUCCUCAGCAGAUGCCCAACAACAUGGGCCCCCUGCAGCCUCCCUUCAUGCCCCCCGUACAGAUGGUGCCCCCCUCUGGACCCCAGGCUCACCAGGGACCACCAUCAGGGCAUUGGGGCCCCCCGUACAUGCAGAGAAACAACCCUGGCCCUCCCAGGAACAUGGGACCCCAGGGGCCUCACGGUAUGGGACCAGAGGGGAUGCAGGGGCCCCAUGGAGGGAUGAUGGGCCCCCCUCCUCGAGGAAUGGGGCCAAGAGACCCUCAGGGACCUCCAACCUCAGGGGGGGGGCCCCCACCCAGGACACAAAACAAACUAUGGGAUGGGCAACAUGCAGGGGCCCCCCGGGAGGGAUGCACGGGCCACCAGGAAACAUGCAGUGGGCCCCCAGGUACAUGCAAGGACCACAUGGAAACAUGCAGGGGCCCCCCUGGUAACAUGCAGGGGCCCCGUGGAAACAUGCAGGGACCCCCAGGAAACAUGCAGGGGCCCCAAGGAAACAUGCAGGGGCCCCCAGGCAACAUGCAAGGACCCCCAGGGAACAUGCAAGGACCCCCAGGGAACAUGCAAGGGCCCUCAGGGAACAUGCAGGGGCCCUCAGGGAACAUGCAGGGACCCUCAGGGAACAUGCAGGGACCCCCAGGGAACAUGCAGGGGGCCUCAUACAUGCAGAACUCGGGGCCCAUGAUGCACGGGAUGGGUUCUCAGGGGUCCAACAACAAAGAUCCCCGAGGGCCCCCGCCCAACCACCACAUGGGCCCCCCCGAGAGACAGGGGGGGGGGCAGGACCAGGGCUCGGGCCCCUACUGGGGCGAGCAGCAGGGCCGCCGGGGGCCACAGGACUUCGAAGGGGGACAGGACUUCCACAGCAGAGCGGAGGAGGGCUGGAGGCCGGGGUACCGGGGGGGCCACAGAGGGGGGGGGGGCAACUGGGGCUCCGAAGAGAGGUUCCCCGGUGGGGAGUUCCGGGGCCGAAGGGACGACAGGUUCAGAGGAAGCGGGCGGCCCGGCGCUCGGGGUUUCCCUGAGGAGUUCAGCGGGUCGGAGGAGGGCUUCGAGGGGCCGGAAGACGGGAGCCGAGGCUGGGACCCCGGGGCCCGAGGGGGGGGCCCGAGGGAGGCCCCCCGAGGAGCAGGAGCAGGAGCAGGAGCAGGAGGAGGAGGAGGAGGUCACGAGGGGUAUCAUGAGGGCCAGAUGCAUGAUGGGUCGUCUCCGGUGGGGCGCUCCUCCUCCCUGCAGGGCAUGGACAUGGCCUCGCUGCCUCCCCGCAAGAGACCCUGGCAGGAGGGGCCGGGGACCGCAGAGAGGGAGGCCCCGGGGCCCGAAGGAGGGCGCCCCCCCCAGAGGGAGGACGGGGGGUACGGUGUUCGGGGGGGUCGAGGAGGCUGGGGCCCCGGAGGCCCCGCCCCCCGGAGAGGAGGCCCCGCCCCCAGAGGACCACCGAGGGGGGGCCGUAGCCGGUAGUCCCCCACCCCAUCAGAGACUCAGAUGGAGGCUCCUGAUUGGUCCGUUUUUAAUGUAAAAUAUUGUAGAGAAUCAUCUGCCGUCUUUUAUUUCACUUCGUCUGGUUGUUUUUGUAAAAGAUUUCUAUGUUUGUGUUUUCAUCGAGGUGGAAAAUAAAGAUUCACACUUCAA